AUGAGAUCAUCAAUUCAAUAUCUGCAGCAGGAUUCCAGUUCAUCUGUUCCGAUUUCUGUGAAUCCAAACAUGAAUUUUCAUGUUCGAUUCUUUAGAAGCCACGAGUAUCCGCGACAUCAGCAACAGCAGCAACAGUAUGGUUCUCUUCUUGCAUUUCCUGUGUUCGAAAGAGGAAGUGGAACAUAUCUAGGUGUCAUUGAGUUUGUUAUCGCCAAUCAAAACCUCAUCAAUUAUCGUCCACAACUCGAUCAUCUCUCCAAUGCUCUCGAGGCUGUUGAUUUUAGAAGUAGCCACAACAUGAAUAUUCCACCAGCAGUAAAGAUUUUUGAGGAGUUGUACGAAGCAGCGGUGAAUGAGAUCGUAGAGGUGUUGGCGUCUGUAUGCAAGACUCGCAAUUUGCCACUAGCGCUAACAUGGGCUCCUUGCAUACAACAACAAGGAGGAAAAGGUACUACCGGUGGUGGUGGAUGCAGUGUUUCGAUUACAGUUCCAACGGAUCAGAUGAACAAUAAUAAUCGUAUGAUGAUGAGUUGCAUAUCGACUGUUGAUUCAGCUUGUUAUGUUGGUGACAUGGAGAUGUUAAGAUUUCAAGAUCAAAUGCAAAUGGUUGAAGAGGAUAAAGACAUAGAAAUGUUGCCAAAACAAAAAUAA